AUUGCUAUUUUAGUUAAAUUGAAAACUAUUCAGAGCACUACUGCUAUUGGUUAUGUUUCGGAUGCAUGGAGUGCAGUUGAUGAUAAUAUAAUUAUCAAUUAUGAAGCAAAUUUACUUGAAAAUAAUGAACUUGAUACUCUUCUGGAUGAGUUUUCUAGAGAGGAUGAUUAUUCUACUGCUCUUACUUCUGCAGUAGUUGAUUUUUUUAAUGAUGUUGACCAAACUAUUGCAACAGAGAAAGUAUUAAUGGAUCAGCAAAUUAUUACCCUUGUUCAAAAUAAAGAUAACAUUAUUGAAGAUGAUCAAGAAGACUCUGAUAAAGAACCAUCUGAAAUAUCUACACAAGUGGCAUAUAAUGCCUUAAAAACUUGGUUAUCUUUUUUUGAACAACAAGAAUCUUCUGACUUUGAUAUGAAAGAUAUAAAAAUAUUAAACAAAUAUAGUAAAAUUAUGAGUAGAAUUUUAUCAGAUUCGAAAAAACAAAGUUCUAUUAUUGAUUAUUUUCAAAAAAUUUAA